AUGAGGCACUUCAACGUCGUCGUCCUAGGAGCCGGAGGAGUAGGGAAGUCUGCGUUGACGGUGCGAUUUGUUCAAGAUGUCUUCCUGGAGAACUAUGACCCCACGAUCGAAGAAGCUUAUCGGCGCAUCCUCGAUAUUGAUGGUGUAAAGACUUCGCUAGAUGUGUUGGAUACUGCUGGUGCUGAGCAAUUCACUUCUCUGAAAGAACUUUAUAUCAAAUCUGGCCAAGGAUUCGUGUUAGUCUUCAGCCUCACACAAGAAGCAAGUCUUAGGGAGCUGGACAAUCUUCGACAGCAGAUACACCGAGUGAAGGGAAUGGACAGCGAUGUUCCUAUCGUUGUUGUUGGGACAAAACUCGACCUCGUCACGGAACGAGAAGUGGCAAGAAGCACGAUACAAUGCCUGGUUGCGCUUUGGAAGAUACCAUUUUACGAAACAUCAGCCAAACGCGAUUGGCACAUCAACGAUGUCUUCCAAGAACUUGUCAAGCAGAUGCUUAUGCACUACCCAGAUGAACCACCCCUCAAGAAGGCUUCACGUCGGUUACAUCGCAAGCCUCGGGCCUGCAUCGUGAUGUGA